AUGUCAGGCACGCCCAUGCAGACCCGCUUUGGGUGCUACAUCGGCAACAUCGACCGCUCCGUCACGAUCGACAUGCUGAAGCAGGUGUUCUGCCAGUGCGGCACGAUCAUCGACUGCUCUCUGAAUGGGCGUGAGGGCGACCCGUACCGCUUUGGUUUUAUCGACUUCGCUACAGAGGAUGACCGCGCUCGCGCCAUGAAGUACAACGGCUUCACCCUCGUCGGCCGCAAGCUGAAGGUCGGCGUGAGCAAGGGCAACGUGAACAAACCCGAAGGUUAUGCGACCGGUAACGGCGCCGGCGGUGGCCACUCGCGGAUGGGCGGCAACCGCCACUACAACAACGAUGGUGGAAUGAUGAUGAGCGUCAACGGUCUUUCGCCGCAGCAGCAGAUGGAGGCACGGUUGCUCCUCCAGUUCCUUCAGGAGGGCAAGAUGGACCCGCGGCAGCUCUCACCGGCGCAGCAGCAGCUGCUCAUUACCUGCCUCGGUCACGGUAACAACAUCAAUGCAGCCAACGGCAACAGCGCGAACAGCGACGGUAGUACGCCGGCGUCGGCGCAGCAGCCGCAGAUGGGAGUAAUGGGCAGCAGCGCCAUGCAGUCACCGCUGCCGCUUCCCACAAUGCCAAAUAGCGGCAAUAUGAUGGGUGAUGCUGCUUUCAUGCCAAACCCGAACGGUGGCAACGGCACCCUCGGCGCCGGUGUACCCAUGAUGGGUGGUGGUGCCCCCCAAGGGAUUCACAUAAACAUGGGGCCCAGCAUGAUGGACCCCAUGGGUGGCGGUUACGGCAUGAUGCCGCCGCGCCAGCCGCAGCCGCAGCAGUGGGGUGAUAUGCCAAUGAACGGGCCUGGCAUGUACCCGCCCAAGAUGUGUGGGCCACCUCUCAGACAACAGCAGCAGAUGCCGAUGCAGGCAGGCCAACAGCAACCGUACGGCUUAGGCGGUGGUGCAGCGUCGAUUAGCGGACCUGCUGCAGCGGACCACAACCGCAGCGGCUUUAUAAACCCUCCACCUGCGGCGGAGACGCUGAAGCUGCGGGAGAAGCAACGCGAGCAGUUUUUCGAGGUGGUCCGAAAAGACGCGGAGAAAUACGAGCGAAAGCUUCAGGAAAAGAAGGCGCAGUCGGCGGCUGGCGGUGAUGCCGAGCGCAGCGCUGACAGCUCUGCCUCUGACGAUGAUGAGGACAAGAAGCCGGCGAAGAGGUCCAAGAAGGAAUCGUCCAAGUAA